AUGAGCGGGCUGAGAGUACGACGAAUCAAAAACGUCACCGGAGGAAGAGCUGCAGAGCAAUGUCUCUGUGGCAACUCAACUCUCUCGGGCCUUGCUGAAGAUGACAAAGCUGUUAUUAGGCUCAAGGCUACGGAUCUGACACUUGGCCUUCCUGGAUCACGAUCUCCUGUUAGAGACACGGAUCUCCACUUACUGAGCUAUGCAAAGCUCGAUGAGAGGCCCUUCUUGCCUUUGGUUCCUUUGAAAGAUGAGAUUAGCCCCUCUUCGUCUCUGAAGAACAUUGCCUCGGGGAACAAAAGUUCAGUUUAUACUGAGAAAAACUGGAUGUUUCCUGAAGGGGUAGCUAACCAAUAUGGCAUAGAUCUUGGUUGGCCUCCAGUGAGAUCUUUCAGGAAGAACACAUUGGCGACCACGUGUAACAACAUUGAUGAAGUUGAUGGGUAG